AUGGAACAUAUAAACCAUAAAUCAGCUGGAUUAAUAACAUCUUUAGUUGAUAUUAAUUACGAGACGAUCCCAUUCAAGUCAUUUUUGUUGGUGGUAACUGGCUCGGAUUCUCUGUUGGAUGACACUACAAAUAUAACAUUGAAUAUACAAAAUGUAAACGAGGCUCCAGUGUUUACAAAGAAGUAUUACUCACUUACAACUUCAGAAAAUAAUGGUGGAACUAUGAUUCAGAAUCCAUAUUACCAGUAUACAGACGUAGACGGUGACACGUUAAAAUUUUCUCUUGACUGUGGUACCGACACGGGUCGUUUGGACAUAGAUUCAUCGACAGGUCUUCUGUCGUUUUCAACAGACUAUGAUAUAGACAUAGUCGGCACAGCAUCUAAGAUAGACUGUAAGGUUUCUAUAACUGAUGAUGAAUAUACGGAUAUGGCAUAUGUUAAUAUAACAAUAUUGGACGAUAAUGACAAUUCACCUGUGUUUAUAUAUAGUGAAUAUACGUUUUACAUACCAGUUACUUCCAGUGUUGGAUCAUUUGUCGGACAAGUACAAGCAAUUGAUAAAGAUAUUGGAAAUUAUGGAAAUGUCCUUUACCAUAUUGCACUCGAAGAUUUCAACUACGGUUUGUUCGAUGUUGUCCAAAAUGGUUCGAUAUAUGUCAGCCAAAGUUUAACUCAGUAUACUGAGGGGUCAACAUUGAAUCUUACCAUAUAUGGUGUAGAUCCAGGAGGGAGGGAUGGUCUCACGAUGGUUUAUGUCGUAUUUCCAACACCGUAUGUGGCGUCCACUAAUCCAGGUGAUGGUAUCGAGUACUUAACAUUCUUCAGAUAUUCUCCGAACAUGGCUUGGUUUGUUCCUCUGAUGUUUCUUCUUUUUGCCACCUUCUGUGUUGUUGUACACACUCUCUACAAAUCGAAUUGUUCAUGUUUGAAGAAAAAUGAACGAAGCAUGCGUAGAAAGAAGCGGAAAAGACCAUCGAAAUCAUUUCAGAGAUAUUGAUUCGUGAAAGAUGUUAAAUUAAAAUGAUGUUUUUAAAACACAAAUAUAU